CCGUUGAAGACAGAAACACACUGGCCUCUGCCGAGCGCCUGAUGCCGCGGGGAUUCCGCCUCUUUCUCCGUUUACAACAUGGAUUUCAACGUGAGGAAGCUCGCUACAGAUGCUGGGAUAUUCUUUUCACGAGCUGUUCAGUUUACAGAGGAGAAACUGGGACAGGCUGAGAAGACCGAGCUGGACACACACUUUGAGAAUCUGCUGUCCAGAGCUGACUGCACCAAAAACUGGACCGAGAAAAUCUACAGACAGACUGAAGUUCUGCUUCAGCCAAACCCUGGUGCUCGCAUCGAAGAGUUCCUGUAUGAAAAGCUUGACCGGAAGGUUCCCCCGCGGCCCACUAAUGGAGAGAUCUUAGGCCAGUUCAUGCUGGAGGCAGCGAAGGAGUUUGGACCAGGAACCCCGUACGGAAGCACUCUAAUCAAAGUGGGCGACUGUCAAAGGAGACUGGGUGGCGCUGAGAGAGAGUUUCUGCAGACCUCAUCCAUUAGCUUCCUCACACCCCUACACAACUUUCUGGAGGGCGACUGGAGGACCAUUUCUAGAGAGCGGAGACUACUGGAGAAUCGGCGCUUGGAUCUCGACGCCUGUAAAGCGCGACUCAAGAAGGCCAAAGCGGCGGAGACCAAAGCGGCUUGUGAGGGAGAAGCUGUUCCAGACUUUCAAGAGACAAGACCGCGUAAUUAUGUGCUGUCUGCCAGUGCAUCUGCGCUCUGGAAUGACGAGCUUGAUAAAGCGGAGCAUGAAUUGCGUGUUGCUCAGACAGAGUUUGACGGACAGGCUGAGGUCACCAGACUCCUCCUGGAGGGCAUCAGCAGCACGCACGUGAAUCACCUGCGCUGCCUGUGUGAGUUUGUGGAAGCGCAGGCGAUGUAUUACAGCCAGUGUCACAAGUACAUGCUGGAGCUGCAGAGAGAGCUGGGCAGUUGCAGUGGAGACAUAAGAUGCCCCGACUCUUUGGAUGUGAAUUCCCACCCCGCCAGAAGCCCCACGGACCGGUCUGCCUUCCUGCCGCUGAACUCUGCGUCUCCUCUGGAAACAGACGCUCUGCAGAUUGAAGAAGUUCAGCCGCCAGCCAGCGGCACACGCAAGGCCAAAGUGCUGUAUGACUACGAUGCUGCAGACUCCAGUGAGCUCUCGUUGUGGGCCGAUGAGCUUAUCACCGUGUACACAGUGCCUGGAAUGGACUCUGAUUGGCUGAUUGGAGAGCGAGGAAACCAGAAGGGGAAGGUGCCUGUUACAUAUCUGGAGCUGUUGAGCUAAAGAGGCGAGACACGCACACAUGCACACAGUUUCCAGUUUUAACACCCAGCAAUGAGCAAACGGAAUCAUGGACACUUAUGAGAUCAACCCAUGCAUACAUCUCUUUACCGAAAAGCAAACUAUUGUGUGUUUACAUGCAUGUCAAUGGGAUACUGAUUGACUGGGGCUUAAUUGUUCUGUUUAAUUUUAAUAUUUAAGAUGUUCAAGUCUCUGCCAUUAUUAAAAUUAUUUUGGAGGAGUGAUCUCAUCACUUUUUAAUACUAAACAUUAAACCCUUAUAAAUUAAUAAAUAGUGGGAUUAGUCAGGAUUAUAAUUCAUAGAACAUAACAUUUUUUGAAAUCACAAAAUCACACAAAUACUCACCAGUGCAAAACAAAUCUCAGAACUAAUAAUUAAUUCACAAAUGCCUGAAACAUCCACUCAUUGUGAGCACAUGUAUGUAUGCAUGUAGCUUUUUCUUCACUAAAAACUGUCCUGUGGUCAGUCAGAAUGACUUUCCUGCCUUCAGUAUACAAUUAAAAAUCUUGAUUCAGCUUGUCCUGAAAGCUGAUGACAAAUAUAAGCUCAAUAUUUAAUGUACAAAGGUCAUCUACACCGUCUAAGCACUAACAUAUUUGCACUGUUUGGCAACUUUGUUUUCUAGCAGACCUCCGUAAGCCUAAAUUAAACACGGCCUUAACUGCAUCUCAUGCGGACAGAUGUAAUGUAAUGAGCUACAGCUAAUAAUGUCUACAAUAGCACCACUGUUAAAAAUAUUCCGUGGAGUGACCAUGUGAUAGAGAUCAGAAUAUGAAUGUUGAUCGCCAGCCUUAAAGUCUUCAUAAAACUUGUUUUUCUUGCAUGAGGAACUUGACAGUGCAAUAAUACCUGCUCAUGCUCAGAAAAUUUACAGUUGCUCUGCUUUAAGUGCCACUUAAGUUAGAAUUAUUUUGAAAUCUCCUUUAAUUAGGCAAUCAUAUGAAGUAUCUUCAUCUUAAGGCCCAUUUUGAAAUGAUUUACAGAGUUUUACUGUAACUAUUAUUGUUCUGAAAUGUGCUGUUGCCACAUUAUAUUGUUCUUUUAAAGGAAUAAUUCACCCAAAAAUGGAAGAUUUGCAGAUAAUUUCCUCACUC